AUGGAUCACCGCCCGCAAGCCUGGGGUCGUCCCAGAGAUGAUGUCUACGGCGCCUACGAUGCCUCCUACCUCAACAACAGCGGUCCCAGAACCGUCACACAAUCACCCGUCGUAACAGGCACCUCGGUCAUCGCAAUCAAGUACAAGGACGGCGUCGUUAUGGCGGCCGAUAACCUGGCCUCCUACGGCUCUCUAGCCCGCUUUACCGACGUCAAGCGCCUCCGCACCUUCCUCGACACAACCGUCAUCGGCUUCGGCGGCGACGUUUCCGACAUGCAGUUCCUCGACCGCCACCUCAAAGAGCUAGCCACCGACGAAUCCUACGAGGUGGAGCCAACCCUCGACGACGAAGACGACGAAGAAUCCUCCUCUUCCAAACCCGGCCACCUCAACGCAGCCAACCUCUUCAAGUACCUCCAAAAGCUCAUGUACCAACGCCGCAACUCGUUCGACCCCCUCUGGAAUCAGAUCCUCGUUGCCGGGCUCGACUCGGACUCGAAGCCCUUCCUCGCUUCUGUUGACUUGAGGGGAACAUCUUUCACUUCCCCGUCGUUGGCUACCGGGUUUGGCGCGGCGUUGGCUCAGCCCAUUAUGCGCAAGUACGCUGGCACAGAGGAGGACGCUGCCAAGCUUACGAGGGAGCAGGCGGUGGAGGUGGUCAAGGAGUGCAUGAAGGUGCUUUUCUACCGUGAUGCUAGGUCGCUGGAUCGGUAUUCCAUUGCGGUGGUGAACAAGGAUGGGAUUGAGCUCAAGGAGGAUGAGCAGCUCGAGAAGCAGAGUUGGGCGUUUGCUGAGCGGAUCAAGGGGUAUGGCACGCAAACUGUCUAA